AUGAUGUCGUCACCAAAAGCCAAGACCAAGAAGAAACCUCCCAAAGACAGUAUGACACUUCUAUCAUGCUUCUACUUCAUAGAGCUCCCCAUCGUCCUCUCCUCCCUUGUCUCUCUCUACUUCAUGGAGUUGACGGACCUGUUGUCCCCGGCGACCCCUGGGUUCCAUUGCUAUGACCGGGACCUGUCGUUGCCCUACCUGGAGACAGGAGACGAACUGAUCCCUCUGCUGAUGUUACUGAGCCUGGCCUUCGCAGGACCGGCUGCCUCGAUCAUGCUAGGUGAAGGGCUGGUGUAUUGUUACCAGUCCAGAGUCAAACAGAGUAAAGCUGAAGGAUCCACCAUCACUGGAGGGUGUAACUUCAACUCCUUCCUACGGAGGACUGUUCGCUUUGUUGGUGUUCAUGUGUUUGGUCUCCUGGCAACAGCCCUAAUGACGGACAUCAUCCAAUUGGCUACUGGUUAUCCCACCCCUUUCUUCCUGACUGUCUGUCAGCCCAAUUACACGCUGCCUGGGAUAUCAUGUGACCAGAACAACUACAUUACACAGGACAUCUGCUCUGGUAAAGAUCUGUAUGCCAUCCUGUCAGCCAGGAAAACAUUUCCGUCCCAGCAUGCAACGCUCUCAGGCUUCGCUGCUGUCUACAUCUCUAUGUAUUUGAACAGUGUGAUCAGUAGUAGUACUAAGCUGGUGAAGCCGGUGCUGGUGUUUGGAUACUGUCUGGCUGCGGGUAUAGCCGGACUGACUCAGAUCACACAACACCGCUGCCAUCCCAGAGAUGUCUAUGUUGGCUACGCCAUAGGAGCUGGCAUAGGAGUCUACCUGUCUCUGUAUGCAGUAGGUAACUUCAGGUCAUCCGAGGAGGACUGCCUCCCCCAGCCUGUCCGGAGGGCUGCGUCCCCCCCCCAGCAGCAGAGGGAGGUGGUGGUGAGGGGAAGAGCCCAGAGAGGUCAUGCUUCUCAGCACGGCUCUCUGUACCGCAGCAAGACACCCAGACCCUCAGACAGCAGGGAGGAACUGGGCACUGGACGCUGCAAGGUUCGUAGGGAGAAGGCCAGCGUAGCAUCUCUGAAGAGGGCCAGUGCUGACGUGGAGCUCCUGGCACCCCGCGGCCCCAUGGGAAAGGAAACCAUGGUAACAUUCAGCAAUACCUUACCCCGCGUCGCCAACGGCAGCAGCAGCACCUCGCCCCCCGGAGACGACCCCUCCAACCAGCGGCACAUGACCUUCCACCUGUCCUUCGACCCCCGCAGGUCACAACCAAGGCUGCGACCACCACUGGUGCAGGAGUGGAGACAGCAGAGCUCUACGGAGAGACGGAGCGAGGAGGAGGGAGAGACGGACACAUCUGGCGGAGGAGAGGGAGGAGCAGGAGGAGGGGGAGAGGCAGGGGAGACAGGGGUGAUGAAUCCUCCCUCCCUUUAUCCGAUGGUACAGUCGGCCAAUAGAGCCGUUGCCACAGCUACCCCAGCGCCAGCCCCACUAGUGCAUAUCCCUAAGGAGGGGAUUAGACACCCCCCUCCUGUCUCCCCUCUACCUCCUACUGUCUCCCCUCUACCUCCUACUGUCUCCCCUCUACCUCCUUCUGUCUCCUCUCUACCUCCCCCCGUCUCCCCUAAGAGCGCGGUGACGCGUGCCAGGUUGAUGUCACUCAACCAGGGAGGGGAACGAGUCAGGGAGGGGCCUAUCCCUGUGACGACUCCGCGUGUGCCCCACCAGCCGCCCAAUCAGCCGCCCAAUCAGCCGCGAGUGGCGCAGGUCAUUGCCAUGUCCAAGCAGCAUGGACCAAUCAGCUCCUCUGCCAAGGGCUCUGACUCCACCUCUUCCUGUGGGGGAGGGUCUUCAACAGGAAGCUCUGAGUCGCCGUACUACCGGGUCCCCUCCGACCGUGACAGCCACACCGGGAGUGUUUCCGGGAGCGUUACCGGGAGUAUUGUCACCAUCGACGCUCACGCCCCUCAUCACCCUGUGGUCAGGGUGUCUAGCAGUGUCUGUACCGGGAGUAACGGGACCCUGGGGGCCAGAGUAACAGCUGCCGGUAACGGGACCCCCUGGGAGCGGAGGAACACCACCAGCAGGGGCGUCGGUGAGCAGGGCCAGAGGGGGGCGCUGCAGCGCCAGGAGAAAGUCUCCGCACUGGAAUAUCGGGAAUACCGAACACUUCCUGUGAAAUCAAACUCUAUCUGCUCCUUCUCGCCCAGCGAGACAGAUUCCACCACCCUGCCUCCCCCUCCUCACCCCAUCUCCUCUCCACUCCCUCCCUUCUCUUCCUCCCCCCUGCCUCCCCCUCCUCAACCCAUCUCCUCCCCCCUCCCUCCCCCUUCUCCCCACUCCUACUCACCCCUCCCUCCCCCUCCUCCCCACCUCUACUCCCCUCUCCCUCCCCCUCCUCAUCCAGAUCUGCUGUUGGACAGUUACUCCCCCCCCCUCCCCCGCUCUAUGACCCUCCCCCGCCGGCCCACUGUCUCAGCCCACAGCCGCGCUGAUCAAGAAGUCUAUUACAAGACCAUGCAGACGGAGAGGAGAUUAUAACGUGACAUAGAGGGGUUAUAAUAGACAGUAACACUACUAAAAACAGACUACGAGGUCAGAAGAGAAAAUAGGGGACCUUACAGAGCGAGAGGUUAUAAGAUGACAUAGAUAAAUUAAGAUCGACAGUAGUACCUCUACAUAACCAUACAGUCAGGGGACGUUAUUAAAUGUAACACAUUUUGGGGAGACCUAACAGUCAGGGGAAGUUAUUAAAUGUAACACAUUUUGGGGAGACCUAACAGUCAGGGGAAGUUAUUAAAUGUGACACCGUUAGGGAGACCUAACGGUCAGGAGAACUACUACAUGACUUAAAUGAGUGAGAGGAGGUUAUGAGACGACUUAGGAGUUAAAAUGUAAUAUAAUGGAGGUUAUAACUUGGCGUAGAGGAGUCACAAUGAUCCAGAACACUACUCCAAUACUGAGAAAGGGUCCAGAUGGAAACAGACAAAUAGCUGAUCUUCAAGACACUGCAGAGUAGGAGAAGGACAUGAGAUGACUUAAAGAAGUUAAGAUGCGACAUAACAGCAAAACCUACUGUUAAGUCAAGGUCUAACAGUAGUGGAGGUUAUAACGCGACAUAGAACACUGCUCAGUCAGGGUCUAACAGUGGAGGUGGAGCGUGUGAACGAAGGUCUUCAGGAGCAUGGAGACUGGAUCACUAAAGACAACAGAAACAAUAGCAGCUCUAGUAGUUGGUUUACCACCGACUACUAUCUGACUAGACUAUACAACUAUACUGACUAUACUCACCAGCUGUACUAUACUAUACUGUAUAUAGGAUCUCUCAGGUUUCCAUUCCACUGACUUACUGUAGAGACGAAGAAGAGGAGGGGAAAAGGAGGAAGGAAAGUGAACAUCUCGGAGAGGAUUACUACAGUAAACAAAGAGGGGGAGACAAAGACUGGAGGGAACAUUUGGCUUAACAAUGUGAACAUAUCCACACAGACACACAUAGCCGCGGGAAGUAGUUUGCUGGUGGGGUUCCGCGCUACAGACUGCUAACACAGUGCACUACUUUUAGGAAAAAUUGAAUUUUGGGAUUUUAGAUAUGAUUUUUAAUUCAGAUUAAAACACACACACACACACACACACACACACACACACACACACACACACACACACACACACACACACACACACACACACACACACACACACACACACACACACACAGACUCAACUCCAAUUGUAUAAAAUUACAUGCAAUAAUAUAAAUGAUUUUUAAGCACAUUUGUUGCUAAUCAAACCCCCACUGACAAUACAAUAAGAUAAAUGGUGACUAAAGACUGCGUAGACUUGUGGGGGUGGUCUGUGUGCAUCGGUUGCCUAGUAGCAGAAUGACUUGUUCUGUAGUGGAUAUCCUCUUUUGAUAAUAGAACUGUUGAAUACUGGUGUUAGUCUGCAUGUGUAUGUGUGUGAGGGUGUGUCUGUCUUGCAUGUGUGUUUCUGUGUGUGAAUGAGUGUAUUCUACUUCAUUGUGUUUCUAUGAACUUGCAUUAUGACUUCUAAGAAACAGAAAUGCUGCCUUUUCCAGAGAUGUCAUUUACUUACCUUUUUGUCUUUAUUACCAAUGUAAAUACUAAUAUUAUAUUACUCUCCUUUUU